AUGCGCAAGUAUGCGCCUCUCGCUGUCUUUGCUGCCUCGUCUGUUGUGGCUCUGCCUUCGGUCACUGGACCUGCUCAGAUAAUCCCAAAGCCAGGCCAGCCUACCAAGUCGGCUCAGUCAAAUACAUUCGAGGUUGUUGGCGAUUCGGGGGUCUCUGCCCAGCAACUCUUCCUCGGCAUGCCAAAUCAGGUUUUUGUCAUCGACAAGACAGAGAGGAAUCCAAUGCAAGUUGCAGGGCAUCCCGCGUGGGCGACAUUGUAUGAUACCGACACGAACCAGGCACGUGCAAUGGAUAUCAUCACAAACUCGUUCUGCGCCGGUGGGAACGUACUAGGCAAUGGUACAUGGCUCAAUGUCGGGGGCAAUCAAGCAGUCGGUCCCGGUGGCGCCUCGGCUCCUGACCGUGCAGCCCCUUACCGAGGUGUGGAUGGUGGUUUAUCUAUGCGUUUCCUUACUCCCAAUGCCGACGGCUCUGCGGAAUGGAUUGAUAAUCCAGCCCUCUACAUGACCAGUCGACGAUGGUACCCAACAUUGGAAACGUUGUCUGAUGGAACCAUGAUUAUCAUCGGCGGAAAUAUGUGGGGAGGUUUUGUCAACGGAGCUGGACAGAAUAAUCCUACCUACGAGUUCUUCCCAUCAAAAGGUGGUGCCGUCGACUUCGAGCUGCUACGAACCACCCUUCCCGCCAACUUGUACCCUCUGACUUGGCUUCUUCCUUCCGAUGUCUUGUUUAUUCAAACAAACUGGGGAGCCGCAAUUUUGGAUUACAAGAAGAACGUCCAAAGCAACCUGGAUAAUAUACCCCAUGCUGUACGAACUUACCCUGCCUCUGCUGGUACUGCGAUGUUACCCUUGACGCCUGCUAAUAAUUGGACUGCGACAAUGAUCUUUUGUGGUGGCUCCGAUUUGCAACCCAACCAAUGGACCGAUGGCUCAUCCAAGGUCAACGUACCUGCGUCUUCCAGCUGCGUAACCAUCACUCCAGAUGUUGAUGCUGUAUGGAAAGACGACGAUGACUUGCCUGCUGGUCGUGUUAUGGGUAACAUGAUUCUUUUACCCAACGGAAAGGUGUUCUUUGUUAACGGGGCCAACACUGGGACUGCCGGUUACGGAAACGACACAUGGGCAGUUGGUCAAUCAUACGCCGACGAACCGAUAUUCACGCCAUUGAUAUACGACCCACUCGCUCCCACGGGCAAACGCUGGUCCGACGCCGGUUUGCCAAAGUCUACCAUUGCACGCAUGUACCACUCUACUGCCACCCUUCUCCCCGAUGGCUCGGUCUUGAUCUCGGGCUCCAAUCCAAACGCCGAUUACAUUACCAAUACCAAAUACCCUACCGAGUACGCCGUCGAACGCUACUACCCAUCGUACUAUUCGAUGCGCCGACCCGAACCCGUUGGACUGAUGGAUCGUCUCAACUAUGGUGGCCCGGGAUACGAUGUGACCUUGUCCCUCGAGGACCUCAGCGGAAACUUGACCAAGAUCCAAACCGCCAAGGCUGUCGUCGUUCGUACUGGAUUCAGCACGCAUGCGAUCAACUUUGGGAUGCGCCACGUGGAGCUCGAUACCAGCUACACCGUCACCCCAUUGGAUGGUGGUAGCUACAACAUCACGCUGCAUGUUGCUCAGUUGCCCCCGAACCCUGCCAUCCUUGCGCCUGGCCCCGCCUUUUUGUUCAUUGUCGUCGACGGAGUUCCGAGCAUCGGUCAGAUGAUCAUGGUUGGAAGCGGCAAGAUUGGCAAGGACAGUCAAACUGUUGUGGCCAAGACCCAACUUCCACCGAGCAGUCUACCCAUCGGAGAGACCAAUGGCUCCACGGGAGGUGGCUCAUCGGGUGGCAACAACCAAGGCAACACCGCGCCCCAACAAAUUGUUGGAUGGACGGGUCUGAUUGUGGGGUCUAUGAUCGCCGGACUUGCAGGACUCUUGUAA